ACUGUCAACGUUGCUUCAGUUUUUUCACAAUUUUUUUGCCGCUAUGACAUUUCAACUGUAGAAAGUUCUUUAGAUUUUCUAAAAACAACACACAGGCAACGUGAAUUAGAAGGAGCACCCACUCGACUCAUGACCGAGGCAGCAGGAGCAGCCAUCCCUAGAGGAGCCGCCGGAGACACGGACGGCAAAAAAAUGCGUUCACUGCCCGGCGGAGCAAAGGAGCCGUCCAAGCUGGAUGACCUAGUGCAAUAUGUGAGCCUCCAUGUGCGAAUCCCCACGCCGUUGACCGGAGUGGUGCUGCCCUUUGUACCGCUCUACCUAUCCGCCUUCUACCUGUGGAUCUACGUUAAUGGUGGCGAAGAAGCUGAUAUUUCCAAGAACAAACUGAUUUCCAACGAAAACCGUACAACUAUGGAGAAUUCCUCCACUUGGAAUGACGUGGGUUUUAUCGCCGUUCUAGCAAUCGCUUUUCUUCAUGUCCUCACCUUACUCUUUUGUUACUGGAGUGUUCAUGUGCUGGCUUUUCUUACUUGCCGUCGCGUAAAGCUGCCUGGUGCCAAUGUGCUGGCCAAAGUGGUACCUACUGCCAACAACGGCAAUUCCAAGAUCGUACCCGUACGCUCCUCCAAGCUUGAAGACGGCUCCACCCAGUAUUUUUUGAUUUUCCAAAAGACCAAGUAUGUUUGGAACGAGGAUCGGAAGACAUUCCGCGCAGUCGAAUUCCCAGUAAAUGGACUUCUGAGGAACUACUCCUCAUCCAGAGGAUUGGAGACAGAGGAAUCCAUCAAGAAGGCCACACUAACCUACGGCAACAACGAAAUGGAAAUGGUGGUUCCAGAAUUCCAUGAACUAUUCAUAGAACGUGCCACGGCGCCCUUCUUCGUGUUCCAGGUUUUCUCCGUGGGACUGUGGUGCAUGGACGACUACUGGUACUACUCUCUCUUCACGCUCUUCAUGCUGGUCGCCUUCGAGUGUACCAUUGUCAAGCAGCAGCUGCGGAAUAUGUCUGAGAUCCGAAAGAUGGGAAAUAAGCCAUACUUAAUCUACACCUUCCGGCAAAACAAGUGGCGACAAAUUGGUUCCGAUGAGCUGCUGCCCGGUGAUUUGGUGUCAAUAACGCGCUCACAAAACGACAACAUUGUGCCCUGUGAUUUGGUCAUCCUGCGAGGCUCCUGCAUUGUGGAUGAAUCCAUGCUUACUGGCGAAUCGGUGCCACUGAUGAAGGAGUCACUGGAAUCCCUAGAUAAUUUGGACGUUGAAAUGGACGCUGAGGGAGAUGGAAAACUGUUUGUUUUAUUCGGUGGCACUAAAGUAGUUCAACAUACUGCUCCCACAAAAGAAUCACUUCGUGCUCCUGAUGGCGGCUGCAUUGGCUAUGUGAUUCGCACUGGUUUCAACACAUCGCAAGGCAAACUGCUGCGAACGAUAUUAUUCGGAGCAAAUCGUGCGACGGAGAACAACGUGGAAACCUUUGCCUUCAUAGCAUUCCUAAUGGUUUUUGCUGUUGCCGCCGCAUCAUAUGUGUGGGUGAAGGGCAGCGAGGAUCCGGAGCGCAAUCGCUACAAACUUUUCCUUGAGUGUACGCUCAUCCUGACUUCCAUAAUUCCGCCUGAUCUACCUAUCGAGUUGACAUUGGCCGUUAAUACAUCUUUGAUUCAGCUGACUAAGUUGUACGUGUUCUGCACAGAACCGUUUAGGAUUCCUUUUGCCGGAAAGGUCCAGAUUUGUUGUUUCGACAAGACGGGAACUCUGACCACAGAUAAUCUCAUGGUCGAGGGUAUUGCUGGACUAGCUCCUAAUGGAGCUUGUGUGCCUAUCGAUAGCGCAGAAGCGAACACGGUUCAGGUGCUCGCCUGCUGUCACUCACUGGCCCUGUUAGAUGACGGAUUAGUGGGAGAUCCGCUGGAGAAAGCCACUUUAGCUGCAGUCGAUUGGACGUUAACCAAGAUGGACAGCGUUAUUCCUAAGCGUCCUCAGUUUAAACCGCUAAAGAUAAUCCAGCGCUAUCACUUUUCAUCAGCGCUGAAGCGAAUGUCGGUACUAGCUGGAUAUCUGAUGCCGUACUCCAACGAAGUAAAGCACAUAGGAGCGGUUAAGGGAGCUCCAGAGGUCAUUCAGAAGAUGCUGCGUGAAGUGCCCUCGGACUACGAAAAGGUUUAUUUGGAGUACGCCCGCCGCGGAGCCCGCGUAUUAGCUCUAGGAAUCAAAGAGUUCGGAACCCUGGGGUCUCAAAAAGUUCGGGAAAUUAAGCGGGAAGAAGUGGAAUGUGACCUAACAUUUGCUGGAUUCGUGAUCAUUUCAUGUCCCAUGAAGCCCGAUUCUAAAUCGGUAAUAAAAGAGCUCAUUCAAUCAUCGCACAAGGUAGUGAUGAUCACGGGUGACAGUCCGCUUACCGCCUGCCAUGUGGCACGCGAACUUCGUUUUACUCGGAAGAAGCUGCUCAUCCUGACCCCACCCGACAGAAAGGAAAAUGUUCACUGGAGGUGGGUAUCAAUUGAUGGAGAUCAGACCUACGAGCUGGAUAUAAAGAGUGGUGCUAAGGGAAUCUCCCUGUUACUGGGCACGCACGAUCUCUGCAUUACCGGAGAGGGAUUGCAACUACUGCAGCAAAACCAGCAGCAAUAUAUGCGUGAUUUAUUACCACAGAUUACGGUCUGUGCCCGAUUUGCCCCCAAGCAAAAGGAGUUCGUGAUUACACAGCUAAAGCAACUAGGCUACUGCACUUUGAUGUGUGGCGACGGCACCAACGAUGUGGGUGCCCUCAAGCACGCCAACGUGGGCGUAUCUCUGCUGACCAGUGCUCCUGUGAGGCGUAAGCGUACUGAGGAGGAACAGCAACAGGUGGCGGCUGCUGCAGCAGCAGCGCAGGCCGCAGCGAAUGCCAAUCAACAGUUAACACCAAGAGAGCGAGCUCUGCGAAGACGUCAAGAGCAGAUCAACCAAACACAAGCUCGCCUGCAGAGUACUCUCCGCGACCUGGAGGAGCAAACUAUGGUAAAGUUGGGUGAUGCCUCUAUUGCGGCGCCAUUUACCAGCAAGUCCUCUUCAAUAAUGUGCGUUAACCACAUAAUCAAGCAGGGUCGUUGCACGCUGGUGACCACUCUCCAGAUGUUUAAGAUUCUUGCGCUGAACGCCCUCAUUCAAGCCUACUGCCAGUCUGUGCUCUACAUCGAUGGUAUAAAAUUCAGCGAUACGCAAGCCACCAUGCAGGGCAUCUUCAUUGCCGCCUGCUUCCUCUUUAUUACCCGAGCUAAGCCGCUGAAAACUUUAUCCAAGGUGGCCCCACUGCCAAACAUAUUCAAUUUCUACACGAUUUCUACUAUACUUAGUCAGUUUGCCGUGCACUUUGGAACGCUUUACUACUUGACCAGUCAAGCCAACAUUCUGGCACCACCCAGGGAGGGCAAGGUUAAAUUGUACACUGACAUGGACCCUGAAGAGAAGACUAAAUAUGAUCCGAACAUUGUGAGCAGUACGGUCUAUAUAAUUUGUUUAUCCUUGCAAGUGGCCACCAUUGCGGUCAAUUACAAAGGCCAUCCAUUCAUGGAGAGCUUGCGCUCAAAUCGCAUGUUGAUGUAUGCCAUCGGAGCUUCGGCGACAUUGGUAAUUCUUCUGUCCACGGGCCUGGCGCCCGAACUGACGGAAUUCUUUGAGAUAAUCAAUUUUCCAACGAAUUUCCGCGUAACAUUGCUCGGUGUUCUUGUCCUGGAUAUUCUUGGGGCGUUUCUUUUGGACCGCAUUUGCUCAUUCCUCUUUGGGGAAACGCGUCGCAAAUCCAAAGUGCUGAACUGUUAGGACCAUUUAAUAAUAAGUACUAGAAAAGGAGACACUUCAAAAACCUUACGUUCCGAGAAGAUAGAUAAACAUAUUCUUUUUAAUUUGUAUCCCUCUAAUGGUAAAAAAAAAACUCAACGUAUUUAACGGCGUCGGUUUCUUAAACGUUUAAAUUCCGAAUCAAAGAAUCAACAUAAUGCAUUUAAAGUGUAUUAUCAGGCAAGUGUAUUAUCGGGUAGCCUAUAUCAUUUUAAUUUGACAAAGCAAGAACUUUCAAUAUCUUCGACUCCCGUGUAUGCGAUUAGUGAAAUUGUCGUAAUAUUUGUAAUGCUAAUAAAAAUAGAAAAACAUUUAAAUAAAA